AGAGAGGAAAAGGGACGGAAGAGAAAGAUGACCACAGUCCCCAUGAUGCACCCAGAGAAGACUACAUUUCCCAUGACGUCCCGGGGGAGGGGGCGUGGAGAAGAAAGGACUGCAUGUCCCGCGAUGCUGUCGGCUGGCCGGUGGCGGAGAUUGAACCGGAAGACGCUUUCUGCGUGUGAGAAGUGGAGUGUCUGGUGCUGAAAACCAGAAGUCCAAUAUGAAACUGUAUUGCCUGUCGGGGCACCCAACUUUACCGUGCAAUGUACUCAAAUUCAAAUCAACUACCAUUAUGUUGGACUGUGGACUGGACAUGACUUCCACUCUCAAUUUCCUUCCUUUGCCACUUGUUCAAAGUCCCAGGCUGUCUAAUCUUCCUGGCUGGUCCCUAAAGGAUGGAAAUGCUCUUUUGGACAAGGAGCUAAAAGAGUGCUCAGGUCAUGUAUUUGUGGAUUCUGUGCCUGAAUUCUGCCUACCAGAGACCGAGCUAAUAGAUCUGUCUACAGUAGAUGUGAUCCUCAUCUCUAACUACCACUGCAUGAUGGCACUGCCCUACAUCACUGAGCACACCGGUUUCACAGGCACAGUGUAUGCCACAGAACCCACCGUUCAGAUUGGCAGGCUUCUCAUGGAAGAGCUGGUGAAUUUCAUCGAAAGAGUGCCCAAGGCUCAGUCUGCCUCCUUGUGGAAGAACAAGGAUAUUCAGCGGCUGCUGCCUUCUCCACUCAAGGAUGCAGUGGAAGUAUCAACCUGGAGAAGAUGCUAUACGAUGCAAGAGGUGAACUCUGCCCUUAGCAAAAUCCAGCUGGUGGGAUAUUCUCAGAAAAUUGAGCUUUUUGGUGCAGUCCAGGUGACUCCGCUAAGCUCAGGCUAUGCCCUUGGAAGUUCCAACUGGAUUAUCCAGUCCCAUUAUGAGAAAGUAUCAUAUGUAUCUGGAUCCUCCUUGCUUACCACACAUCCCCAGCCCAUGGAUCAAGCUUCUCUGAAAAACAGCGACGUUCUCAUUCUGACAGGCCUGACCCAGAUCCCCACCGCGAACCCAGACGGCAUGGUGGGAGAGUUCUGCAGCAAUCUGGCACUGACAGUCCGGAAUGGAGGAAACGUGCUGGUGCCCUGUUACCCUUCUGGUGUGAUCUAUGACCUCCUUGAAUGUCUGUAUCAGUAUAUUGAUUCAGCCGGCCUCUCCAACAUCCCUUUCUACUUCAUCUCCCCUGUGGCCAACAGUUCACUUGAGUUUUCCCAGAUUUUUGCUGAGUGGCUUUGUCACAACAAACAGACUAAGGUGUAUCUUCCAGAACCACCUUUUCCUCAUGCAGAGCUCAUUCAGACCAACAAGCUGAAGCACUACCCCAGCCUCCACGGAGACUUCAGCAGUGAUUUCCGCCAGCCAUGUGUGGUGUUCACGGGGCACCCCUCCCUCCGGUUUGGGGACGUGGUCCAUUUCAUGGAGCUCUGGGGGAAAUCUAGUCUCAACACUGUCAUAUUUACAGAACCCGAUUUCUCCUACCUGGAAGCACUGGCUCCCUACCAGCCCUUGGCCAUGAAAUGCAUUUACUGCCCCAUUGAUACACGACUGAAUUUCAUCCAAGUGUCAAAGCUGCUUAAAGAAGUGCAGCCGCUCCACGUGGUCUGCCCCGAGCAGUACACGCAGCCGCCCCCCGCGCAGUCCCACCGGAUGGACCUGAUGAUCGACUGCCAGCCACCUGCCAUGUCAUACCGGCGGGCCGAGGUCCUUGCCUUGCCCUUCAAGCGUCGCUACGAGAAGAUCGAAAUCAUGCCUGAGCUCGCAGAUGCGCUGGUGCCCAUGGAGAUUAAGCCUGGCAUUUCCUUGGCAACCGUCUCGGCUGUGCUGCACACGAAAGAUAACAAGCACGUCCUUCAGCCUCCCCCCAGGCCCACCCAGCCCACGGGUGGUAAGAAGAGAAAGCGGGCAAGCGAUGACAUCCCAGACUGCAAAGUGCUGAAGCCACUGCUGAGCGGCUCCAUCCCUGUAGAACAGUUUGUGCAGACGCUGGAGAAGCAUGGCUUCAGCGAUAUUAAGGUAGAAGACACAGCGAAGGGCCAUAUUGUCCUGCUCCAGGAAGCUGAGACACUCAUCCAGAUUGAGGAAGAUUCAACUCAUAUCAUCUGUGACAAUGAUGAGAUGCUCAGGGUACGACUGCGGGACCUCGUUCUCAAAUUCCUACAGAAGUUCUAAAUGGAACAGCUAAGCCAUUUCUACUUCACUGAAAUCCUACAGUCCUUCGCUGUGGCUGCCCAGCACAAACUGAGGAAGGGCGUAAAAAGUUGGCCACGUCUUUGUGGUGUUCUCUGGCUUAAGGAAUAAAGAAGUGGCCCUUGAGGAACGUGAUUAUCCACAGAUAUAGCCAGAAUCUCCUGGGCUAGAUUUUUAGCACUGUUGUGGGCAAGAACUUAUGCUUUAAACUUAAAUUCCUUUUCUUCCCAAACCUGCCUCCCUUGGGCGGCCAAGAUGGAAAGGCAGCAAGCUGAGGAGUAGCAUAAGCAGCAGCUUUCCCAGAAGUGAAUGGUGGAAGGAGGGGUGAAAUGAUGAAUGACGUAAGCAGUCUAUGUUUGUUUUUUGUGAUGUCCUAGGCCUUGGGGAGGGGAACUAGCAUUGGAUCGUGUUUUAUUUACUUGUCUACAGUGCUAUACCUAAUAAGAAAGAUGAUCCAAAAAAAUUGGUAUAACGAACCAUCUAUUUGUAUUUUAUACCGUGAGCCCAUUUUGUUAAUAAAACUUAUUUUUUU